GAAAAGGGAAGUUAAAUGUAGGAUUUAUAAAGGUUAUGCAGAUGCGGAUCCUUGAUGGUAUUUUAAUAGAGAUACAUGUAUUGACAACUUCGACAACUUAAUAAACACUCUAUUAGGAUUUGUCUUAAAUAAAUUUGGAGUGGUGUUCAAAUACAGUUAUCAAGAUUAAAUAUCAAUAUCACCAAUUUAUAUCAUAGUGAAUAGAGGAAAUAUAAUUAUUAUAUCAAAUAUAUUGAGUAACUUCAACUGAAUAAUGCAAUAUUAUCAUCACAAUAAAUUUCUAUGUAAUAGAAUGUCCAUGUGUUUAGAAACAACUACAUAUUGUAUUUACUAAAGGAUCAGAGAAAAUGUAUUUAUUAAAUAGUUUAAUUAGUAUCAUCAUAAUUUUGUUGAUCAAAGUAACAUUAAUAGGUGGAACUUAUUCAAGUACGGUAUGUUAUGGAUCUGAUCCAACAUGUACAACACACAGACUAUCUUGUACCAGUCCUCUAGUUAUACAGAUAAUAAAUACAUCAUAUGGAUAUAGAUCAGAAUGUAAUAAUAAUGUUAUAUCUGGCUGUACUAAUACUAAUACAUGUUGUAAUGAAAGAGAUGGUGAUUGUUUUAUGCAAUUUUUAUCUGAAGAAUAUAAACGAGUAGCUAGAGAUUGUGCUGGAGUAGAAAGUUGUAGAAUAUCUGGAUUUCGUGAGGCUUUUGGUACCGAAUGUGGCGGAACUACCAGUGCUUACAGUAAAAUACAAUACAAUUGUGUUCAUAAAGUUAUAACUACACCUACUUCUACUAAAACCACAUCGAUUCAAACUAAAACCACACCGAUUCAAACUAAAACCACAUCGAUUCAAACUAAAACCACAUCGAUUCAAACUAAAACCACAUCGAUUCAAACUGAAACCACAUCGAUUCAAACUACUUCCCAGUCUACAAGCACCACACCAUUUAAUAGUACAACUUUUGUGACUAGUUCUACAGAAACGAGGCAAGACGAUGGUGGUGCUAGUGAUGUGGGAUCUAUAGUUGGAGGAAUAUUUGGUGCUAUUAUUAUUAUAGUUAUUAUUAUAGUAGUGGUACUGUUUCUGAAUAAAAGAAGGCAAAAGUCACAGACAUCACCACCAGCAGAUAAAACAAUGACUAUACAAACUGUUACACCACAAUAUGAUGUUAUUGAUGGUCCUGGAACAAUUAAUAAUCGUAAAGAUACCAGUGGAUAUGAUGAAAUAGAACUGGACAAUAAACCAAGAGUACAAGCCACUGCUGCACAUCUAAAACCCACUACAAUAAACAACCGUAAUGGUGAAAUGGAAUUUGGUCAAAAACCAAAAAUCCAAACAACUGAUAAUUAUGAUCAUGUCGGGGAUGAUAAACUGAAAGUAAAAUCUCCAAAAGAUCUUGAUAACUAUAAUCAUAUCGGAACUUACAAUCAUUCUGUACAUGAAGAUAACUACAAUCAUAUCGGAAACAAUUUGUCUCUAAGAUCUAAUCAUCUUGAUGCAGAUUAUAACCAUAUUAACGGAGUGUUUGGUAAUUCCAAUGGUGAAGAUGAUUACAAUCAUAUUGGUGAUAAUGAUAACAAUGUGAUAACAGAUGAUAAUUAUCAUAUCGGAUCGGGGGACAUCAAGGGUCAGUCGUUGCUAAUACUAGCGAUGUGGAACUGUGAUGUUGAUAUUUUAGGGUCUGUAGUUGGAGGAAUAUUUGGUGCUAUUAUUAUUAUAGUCAUUAUUAUAGUAGUGGUACUGUUUCUUUACAAGAGAAGGAAAAAGUCACAAACAUCACAAUCAAUAACAGAUAGGAACAUGUCUAUACAAACUGUUACACCACAAUAUGAUGUUAUUGAUGGUCCUGGAACAAUUAAUAAUCGUAAAGAUACCAGUGGAUAUGAUGAAAUAGAACUGGACAAUAAACCAAGAGUACAAGCCACUGCUGCACAUCUAAAACCCACUACAAUAAACAACCGUAAUGGUGAAAUGGAAUUUGGUCAAAAACCAAAAAUCCAAACAGCUGAUAAUUAUGAUCAUGUCGGAGAUGAUAAACUGACAGUAAAAUCUCCAAAAGAUCUUGAUAACUAUAAUCAUAUCGGAACUUACCAUCAUUCUAUACAUGAAGAUAACUACAAUCAUAUCGGAAACAAUUUGUCUCUAAGAUCUAAUCAUCUUGAAGCAGAUUAUAACCAUAUUAACGGAUUACCUGGUACUUCCAAUGGUGAAGAUGAUUACAAUCAUAUUGGUGAUAAUGAUAACAAUAAUGUGAUAGCAGAUUAUAAUUAUCAUCAUAUCCGAUCUGGGGACAUCAAGGUAGAAGGAGACUAUGAUCAUAUCGGAUCUGAAAGUAAUGAUGACAAUAAUCAAGCUUUUGAUCAAGCACAAGAUAGUAAUAAUCCAGAAGAUAGUGAUACACCUUACUAUCUGUCUACUUGUUAA